GGGCGCGGCCGGGCGCGCUGCCCCGCGGUACCAGGGGCGGCUGCCCGCCUCUGCCGCGGUAUGGGGGUCGGGCUGCGGCCGGGACCCCGCGGGCGGCGCUGAGCGGAGCGGGACUCGCCGCUGCUGUUGCCGCUUCUUCCCCCCCCCCCCCCCCGCGGCUCCGCAGGGAGGAGGCCGGGCGGCGGCCGGCGCGGGGCUCGGGACCCGGAAGCAGAAGCGGCAGCGGGGCCGGGAGGCGGCUGGAUGGGAAGGAGCGGCGGCGGCGGCGGGCGGCGAUGGGGGAGCAGCAGAGCUCGCUGAGCGCCCCGCGGGCGGCUGCUGCUGCCUCCGCCGCCGCCUCGCCGCCGAGCCCGCCCGGGGGACCGAGGGAUCCCGGCCCGGACGAGCCGCCUCCGCCGCGAGAGGCGGCCCCGGGCGGCAGGGCGGCCGGGCCGGGGCGGAGCGGGGAGCCGCCGCCGGCCGCCGCCAGCCCCGAGCGGCGAAGGGCCGAGGAGGAGGAGGAGGAGGAAGAGCAGGAGGCAGCGGCCGGGCCGGAGGAGCCGGCGGCCCUGGCGGAGGAGGGGCCGGGACCGGAGGGGGGCAGCGGCCGCCGCCGCCCCCCCCGGCGGCACGUGUACUGCACCGUCUACUGCGUAGAGAACGACCGGCCGGCGGCGGCCCCCGCCCCCCCCCGCGGCGGCGGCCCGGGCGGGGGGCAGCCCCCGGCGCGGCGCGGGCCGGCGGCGGGCGGCGACCCGCUGUCUGCGGGCGGCAGCAUCGAGGUGGUGGACUUGUACCUGCUGCCGGAGCCCUUCUCCGGGCUGAUCGCGGGGGAGUUCGGGCCGCUGCUGGUGCUGAGCUGCCGCGUCUGCCUGGAGGAGAAGCCCAUCAAGCCGCUGUCCUGCUGCAAGAAGGCGGUGUGCGAGGAGUGCCUCAAGCGGUACCUCAGCUCCCAGGUGCAGCUGGGACAAGCAGAUAUAAAAUGCCCGAUCACAGAGUGCAGCGAACACCUGGAUGAAACAACUGUCCUCUAUAACCUGCCCCAUGACGACAUCAUCAAGUAUAAAUAUUUCCUGGAACUCAGCCGCAUUGACUCCAGCACCAAGCCAUGCCCUCAGUGCAAGCACUUUACAACCUUCCGGAGGAGAGGCCACAUUCCUACCCCUGCCAAAUUGGAGAACAAAUACAAAAUCCAGUGUCCAUCUUGCCAAUUUGUCUGGUGUUUCAAGUGCCAUUCUCCCUGGCAUGAAGGCGUUAACUGCAAAGAAUACAAGAAGGGAGACAAGCUGUUGCGUCACUGGGCCAACGAAAUCGAACACGGGCAGAGGAAUGCCCAGAAGUGUCCAAAAUGCAAGAUCCACAUCCAGAGAACAGAAGGGUGUGACCACAUGACCUGUUCACAGUGUAACACUAAUUUCUGUUACCGUUGUGGGGAGAGAUACCGCCAGCUCCGGUUCUUCGGAGAUCACACAUCAAACCUCAGUAUCUUUGGAUGCAAAUACCGUUACCUCCCCGAGAGACCACAUUUAAGGAGAUUAGUGCGAGGCUCUGUCUGUGCUGGAAAACUACUCAUUACGCCCCUAAUACUGGUUCUGGGACUGGCACUGGGAGCCAUAGCUGUUGUAAUAGGUUUAUUUGUGUUUCCUAUCUAUUGCCUUUGUAAAAAGCAGAGGAAAAGGUCACGGACAGGUAUGCCCUGGUAAGGAUGGACCUUACUCACCUGAACUGAGCUGGUCCUGCAAGGGCUAUACGCGCUUUGUGCAAAGGAGCAAUACAGUGCUGGUAACAGCAUCAAAGCCACCACCCUGGAUGAAGAAUGAGCAAUCUCCUGCCAUCUUCCCUCAGCUGAAAACACUACUGCAGACCAGAAAGCCUCUUUGCUCUGGUGCACUCUGAACAAGAUGGGCCCCCUGACUGCUGCUUUUUAAAUGUUUUGGGGUUUGGGUUUUGUUUUUGUUGGUUUGUUGUUUGUUUUGUUUUGGUUUUUUUAAUUAUUACUUUGGAGGGGUUUUUGAGUCUAAGUUUCUGAACUAGACAAUCAAAGUCUGUAUUGUAGCCACAACUCUACUACCGAUCUGGCCUGUGAAGAAAGCAUUUAACUGCUAACAUGUGCUCCGUUUAACUUCAGUGUCGGCCUUUAAGGGGGAAAUGCUUAGAAGCGUUUGGACUCUAACUGUAUACUGAGCAUACUACUUUUGGUAUUAAAAACUACUUCUGUAAAUAACUUCCAUCACACAGCAUUCUGUUCAGCAUACCGAAACCCCGUCACAUGCCAGAGCAUGACAGCUGGUUAUCUUCUGAGCCCUGCUAGUGGGCAAGAGUGUAGAUUUCCACCACCAAACUGCAGUGCCUCAGAGGGAAAUACCCUUAGAAUUGAAGCUCCAUGAUACCUACAAAUAUGCUGAUUGGUUUCACUUCAGUAUUUAAUUUAUGACAGUGUACUAAUAUUGAUUGGGGGGUGACAGAUUUGUUAGAAGAGUACAGCAUUUUGAAACUCUUCCAGUACAGAAAAAUUGGAAGGGUUUAGAUAAGAAGUGUCAGUGGUCUGUUCCUGUCCCAAGAUAUCCCUGAAGUGUCUUUCCAGGGAAGCUGGAAACCUGCUCUUCUCUUCUGACUUGGCACAAAUACACAUGCUACACACUAGUUGUGUGAAGACUGACGUGAUGAAAUUUUAUAACCUAAACAGCACGUUUCGUUUGUUUGUAGUAGGCUACUUAAGUCUUAGAGCAUCCACUGAUGUCUCAUGAGGAGAAUUGUGAAUUUGGGUAAGGGGAGGGUUCAUGAAUCAUUGGGAGACAAUUUCAUUGUUAUUAUCUGCUUCCAGUGUUUCUCUUCCUGGUGUGUUAGAGAUCUGAAGAGAAUAGCUAUCCUUGCUCUUGUUUCUUAACUUCACAGUACCACUGUUUGCUACCAGACCUCUUCCUCAGCACAUCACCACAAGAGCAAUGUAAUUCAGUGUUAGGAAUUAGCUACUGAGAAUUUUUUCGCUUUUAGUUAUAAUCCAAAUUUCUCAUACAAGUAUAACUUAAAAUAAAAAAGAGGAAAAUAAAUUUGUGUAAGCAGAACACUGAAACAAUAAAGGAAGGAACUGAAUAAGAGAAAUAUCUACUUUAUACUUUAAAUGUUCAAACUGAUCUUAAAGGAGAUUGGACUUCUACUUUGAAGGUACUUUUUUUUCAGUGGGUGUGCUUGAAGAUGCAUAUAUAUAUAUAUAUAUAUGGGGAGAGAGGGGAGCAGGGAGAUGGGCAGUGUCCUCAGAAGUCUACAGACUUCAAGAUGCCUACAAAUAGCAUAUCAUUUGAAAGGAUGUUCUUUGCACCACUUUCUUUGAAAACUGUUAUUAAAUCUGAAUCUAGUUGUAAUUUCUAAGCAAGUAUUAUGCUGCCCCACCAACCUAAUGCUGUUAUAAGAUGCUCACUGUGACUUCAAAGCCUCAGUGGAAGAAACUGAUGAAUUUUGUUUACCUGGAAACACAAGUAUCAGCUUACCGUAUUUGACUAGUAUGCUUGUCUUCUGCUAGCUUCUGAUUUUUUUGUUUGUUUGUUUGUUUGUUUUCUUGGUUAGACUUUUCUUGUUGUUGAAACAGUGUGUACAAGCACACCACAGUGGUCAACAAGUACUUAAUAUUUCCAUUUGAAUUUAGUGCAUGUUGACCUUUAUAAUAGUACCUUUAUAAGAUCUGGAAAUUAAGCAGGGAAGCAAUGUCAUUUAGAAGUAAAAUUCAAAGCCUAUUGUCAGUGCAAAUUCACCAAUUAAUUAGAUUUCUUAUGUGACAUGUCAGUUUUGUUUGAGUUCUGUCUGAGGUUGGAAGCUGCCUUAAAAUCGGUCUUGGUUUUGAGUGUGUUUUCUGAGGCUAUACAUAUUAGUUGUCUUUGGCUUACUCAGGGAUUUUUAUUCCUUUCUUUAAAUGUCAAAUAAUGAAGAUAUUUUUGUAUUAUUUAGAAAAACCUUCAGACCUCAGAGCGAGAUAAAUAGCUAGAUAGAUUUGGGUUUGCAGUGCAGUCUCUAAUAUGGUGUCAAACUGUGCCACUUGAGAAUAUUUUAGUACUUGAGAUUAUCUGUAGCUAACUAUAUGGCGGACUAAUUUCCUUUCUUUUCCUGGUUCUUUAUAAAUAUGUGAGAGAUUCUUACUGUCUUUAGCUGUUUUCACUCUGAUGUGUUUUCCACUUUCAGUUUCUGAUGGGAGUUCAGUAAUAUCUGAAAUUAAGAUGCUAGAAUAAAGAGCAUAAAAGGGAA